AUGGACAAACUCCGUCUUCCAACCUUCAAAGGCCUCUCCGACCCUUCCACCCACGUCACAUCUUUCAACAUAGCGAUGCGACGCGCAAACCUGACCGACGAAGACAAAGACGCCGGCUUUUGCCAACUCUUCGUCGAAACCCUAGAAGGCCCGGCCCUUACUUGGUUCACCGGCCUCAGAGAGAACUCCGUGGACUGUUUCCACGACCUCUCAACGGCCUUCCUUAAGAACUAUAUCAUGUUCACCAACCAGGAAGCAACAGUGUCAGAUUUGUGGAACCUCACUCACGCCAGCGACCAAAGUCUCCGCGACUUCAUGGAGAAAUUCAAAGCUAUUGUCUCGAAGAUCGAUAUCCCCGACCAUAUCGCCGUCGAAUCUUUGAUGAACACCUUGCACGUCGAUUCCACAUUCCGCCAGGAUCUUUACCGAUACCCGACCAAAUCUGUCUCCGACGCCAUCGCUCGCUCGCACAACUUUAUCCGCAUGGAAGAAGACACCAGAGCAAAGUUCGCAAAAGAAGCAGCGGCCAGGCAGCGAGCCCCCCGAACGAACGAUACCCGCUCCGAGCCUCGCCAGCAUUCCUCCGGUGGAAAUAUCACUCAGAAGCGAGGCUACGUAAGUUCGGUCGAUGAUGAGGAGUCUCCAAAAUCAGCAGCCAUCACGCGAGAGAAAGGCUGGAAUCACUGGGAUCGAGACCCCGCCUCGAAGCAAUCAAAGUCGACCGAACCAACGAGUUCAAACUCCGAGGAGCCAAGGAAAUGGUGCCUCUACCACAAAAGGGAUUCCCACGAUACAAAAGAAUGCAAAAACAAGGAGAAGAAGGCACAGAAGUCUCAACAGAACACGGCCCCGAGCGAGGAAAGAGCAAGCCCUGAGCGCACUCCUGUCAACAACGUUGGCCCCGCCAACGAUUCGUCAGAAGACGAACAUCCGCGUCGCCGGCGACGAGUGGAAGUCAUACUCUCUCGCCCUUGCGACUCCUCUGACGACGACUCCUCGAUAAUGCAACCAGAUGUACGCGACAAACUGAACAGCACGGUCGAGCAGUCUCUCACUCCCCCGACAGCAGACAAAGACCUGCGCACCUUACUGAAGCGAAAGAGUGCUACGAACGAGCACGUAGGAAGCGCCGAUCUCGGCGCGACCAUCUCCAAAUCCAGCGCCAGGAGUAUAGGUCAAAACGGCGACCUUCGCGACCAGCUCAAUUCAAAGGCCAACGACCUGCGAAUCCAACUCAACCGUUCGAAAGGAUCCGAUCUGCGACGACGUCUCGAAUCAAAAAAGAAAAAGCCCGCAGAAACUCCUCAGUUCGAGAACACAACCGAUGAUUUAAGGAAGCAACUCGAGUCAAUGCGAGCUGCCCACACCCCGCGCAUUAGCGUCAUAAUGGGAGGAUCACCUCCUUGCGGCGACUCAGUUCGAGCUGUCAAAGACUACAAGCGACAAGCCACCGCCUCCAAGAAGUGGCCACCUCCAGUCGAAAAUGAUCACCAGAUCACUUUUUCGGCACUAGAUACCAAGGGUGUCCACAUGCCGCACAACGAUCCUCUCCUCGUCGACCUCGACAUCGGAGAAUGCCUAGUCGCGAAAGUCCUUAUCGAUACCGGCAGCUCAGUCGAUCUCAUCUUCCGCGACACACUCGACAAAAUGGGAGUCGAUUUAAGGGAUAUGAAGCCUUCUUCUCGUACGCUCACUGGCUUCAACGGAGCCUCGGAGCAAAUGAUCGGAACAAUUCGUCUUCCAGUAUACGCAGGUGGUAUAACCCGUACCGUCAAGUUCUCCGUCAUCCGAGCCAAAGCACCAUAUAAUGCCAUCCUCGGAACACCAUGGUUGCAUUCCAUGAAAGCCGUUCCCUCGACGUACCAUCAAUGCAUCAAGUUUCCCGGCAAAGACGGUAAAACACAGACGAUUCGGGGAGAUCAACAAGCCGCGAGAGAACUGCUAAUUGCAACUGUAAAGAUGCAGCAACAGACUUCCCUCGUCAACUCCGUCGGCAAACUACUUCACAAGAUAUACCCCCAGAAGGAAGAAGUUCGCGAAGUCGCAAUUGACGAAUCCGACCCAACGAAAAUCAUCCGAGUGGGCGUCUACCUAUCCGACGACAUAUGUUCAAGGAUCAUCUCUUUCAUCAAAGAUAACGCUUCAACAUUCGCCUGGAAGACCUCCGACAUGAGGGGGAUCGACCCCGCAGUUACCUCCCAUGAACUGCAUGUCGACCCGACGUUCAAACCCAUCCGACAGAAGCGACGGAAACUCGGUCCAGAAAGAUCUAAGGCAGUGAACGACGAAGUCGACAGGCUCCUCGACGCGGGUUUUAUUACCGAAGUUCGAUACCCCGAAUGUUACCCGCUCCCUCACAUCGAUCGUCUCGUCGAAUCAACCGCCGGUAACGAACUCCUAACCUUCAUGGACGCUUUCUCGGGAUACAACCAGAUCCUGAUGCAUCCCGAUGAUCGCGAGAAGACGGCAUUCAUCACCGACAGAGGAACUUAUUGCUACAAAGUGAUGCCCUUCGGGCUAAAAAACGCCGGCGCGACUUAUCAGCGACUCGUUAACCAAAUGUUUGCUGAUCAGCUUGGUAACACCAUGGAAGUGUACAUCGACGAUAUGCUAGUCAAAUCGCUCAAGGCCGACGACCACCUAAAUAACUUGCGCGAGUGCUUCAAAAUCUUGAACGACUAUGGGAUGAAGCUCAACCCGCGAGGAAUAGAAGCCAACCCCAAGCAGAUCUCGGCGAUUCUCGACCUUCCAAGCCCGAAAAACAGCCGCGAAGUGCAGCGACUAACGGGACGCAUAGCAGCUCUCAACAGGUUCAUCUCGCGAUCGACCGACAAGUGUCUUCCCUUCUACGAGCUGCUAAGAGGGAACAAGAGGUUCGUCUGGGACGAAAAAUGCGAAGAGGCGUUCAAUCAACUCAAGCAUUAUCUUACGACCCCACCAGUGCUAUCGAAGCCAGAAGCCGGCGACACACUAUCUCUCUACAUCGCCGUCACAUCCUCCGCCGUCAGCAGCGUAUUGAUUCGAGAAGAUAGGGGAGAACAGAAACCAAUCUUUUACACAAGUAAAAGAAUGACAGAGCCUGAAACGAGAUAUCCAACACUCGAAAAGAUGGCCCUAGCCGUCGUCACCUCGGCGAGAAAAUUGCGACCCUACUUCCAAUCGCACACGAUUGAAGUACUAUCCAACCAACCACUCAGAACGGUGAUGCAAAAUACUAAUCAAUCGGGACGGCUGACCAAAUGGGCGAUGGAACUGAGCGAACAUGACAUAGUAUACAAGAAUCGCACAGCAGCAAAGUCACAAGUCCUUGCCGAUUUCUUGAUCGAGUUGACGCCAGAGCUGGAGCAAGACCUCAUCUUACCAAGUGUAAACUGGAUCCUCCACGUCGACGGUUCUUCAACGAGUAAAGGGUCAGGAGCAGGAGUGCAAUUGCAAUCGCCAACAGGGGAACUCAUUCGGCAAUCAUUCAGUUUUGGUUUCGCGGCAUCAAACAACGAAGCUGAGUACGAAUCCCUCAUCGCGGGGCUCCGUCUCGCAAAGGCGGUGAAAGCCAAAAGAAUCAGCGCCUACUGCGACUCUCAACUCGUCGUAAGCCAAUACCUCGGCGAUUACGACGUCCGCAACGAAAGGAUGGACGCCUACCUCAAACUAGUCCAGGAUCUUACGCGAGACUUUGAGUUCUUCGAACUCACGAAGGUUCCUCGCGGAGAAAAUGUUUGUGCCGACGCCCUCGCCGCUCUGGGAAGCAAGCUACACGACCAAGUCAAGAGGAUAAUCCCGAUCCACAAAAUCGAGAAACCAAGCAUCGACACGAAGGCAGAACAGGCCGCGAUUAUAGCAGCAAUCGACGACGCAAUGGACAUUGACGAAGUGGAAUCUCGCUCGCCAGAUGACCACCCAACAGAUUGGCGCAAAGAACUCAUCGAUUACCUCGCGGAAGGUUUACUGCCCAUCGGGAAAUGGGACGCCCGGCGAUUGAAACGACGCAGCGCACACUACGUCGUCAUGGACGGGGAACUACACCGAUGGACUGCAACAAAGGUACUACUCAAAUGUAUCGCCGGUGAAGAAACGAGACUCGUCAUGGCCGAAACACACGAAGGAGCAGCAGGCAACCACUCGGGCGGGCGAGCUCUCGCAUUAAAAGUUAAAAACCUCGGAUUCUACUGGCCAACCAUGAACGCCGACUGCGAGACAUACGCGCGCAAAUGCGAUAAAUGCCAGCGUCACGCCAAAACCAUACACAGCCCAACGGAGUUUCUCCAUACAUUGACUGCUCCAUACCCAUUUAUGCGAUGGGGAAUGGACAUCAUAGGUCCGAUGCCGGCAUCUCGACAAAAGAAGUUCAUACUGGUCCUCACCGAUUACUUCACCAAGUGGGUUGAAGCCGAAGCCUACGCCAACAUAACCGACAAGGAGGUACAACGCUUCGUCUGGAAGAACAUAAUCUGCCGAUACGGACUACCUUACGAGAUAAUCACGGACAACGGUUCGCAAUUCAUCUCGCAUCAUUUUAAGGGCUUCUGCGACAGAUGGCGCAUUCGACUCAACAUGUCGACACCAAGAAACCCGCAAAGUAAUGGUCAAGCCGAAUCAACGAACAAGACCAUCAUAGACGGUCUGAAGAAACGACUCGACUUAAAGAAAGGUUGCUGGGCAGACGAAUUAGAUGGUGUCCUGUGGUCCCACAGAACCACUCCUCGCGGGGCGACGAAGACUACACCCUUCUCAAUGGCAUACGGCGUCGAGGCAAUGGCUCCCGCAGAAGUGAAUGUGACGAGUCUGCGCCGAUCACGAAUGCCACAGAACACCGAACUCAACCGCAACAUGCUCCUCGACGCACUCGACGACAUCGAGGAAAAGCGCGACCAAGCGUUACUCCGUAUCCAGAAUUACCAGCAUCAAAUCGAAAGCUAUUACAACAAAAAGGUCAAGUCACGUCCUCUCGAAAUGGGCAACCUUAUCUUAAGAAAGGUCUUCGAAAACACUAAGGAGUGGAAAGCCGGCAAGCUCGGAGCCAAUUGGGAAGGACCAUACAAGAUAGUCGAAGUCAUCAAGCCAGGAGUAUACCGCCUCGAGACUUCAACAGGCGAAGCAGUACCGAGAGCCUGGAACGCCAAACAUCUCCGCCUCUUCCAUCCUUAG